AUGUCCGAGAAACAAGAAAGCGAACAACAAGUCUCCGGCAACGCAGAAGGCGGCAUCAACGCUGGUGCGAGUGCAAAGGGCGAAGCGUCGGCAAAACAAACCAAGGAGAAGAAGACUCCUAAGAAACUGGGCGGUAAGAAGCCUGAGGCUAAACAGCAACCUACUCCCGACGCUACCAACGACGAAGCGGAAGGUGAAGCAGAGGCCAGUGCCGCAGCAGAAGCUGGUGCAGACGCAGACGCGGAAGCUGAGCCGCAGAUGGAGGAACAGAAGGAACAGUCGCAGUCGCGACAGCAAUCUCGACGACGCCAAUCCCGUGGUCGGGGUGGCAAGGGCACGAAGCAGCAGGACUCCGACAGCGAGUCCGUAGCUCGCAGUGAUGUGUCUGCUUCCGGUGGACGUCGCCAACGUCAACGCCAGAAGAAACAGCAAGGUGGUAAGGGCGGACCGCUAGACGACAUCACUGAGAACGUUCCUGGUGGAGAGAUGGUUGGUCAGGCUGGCGACAUGGUGCAGAACACUGCUGGUGAUGCAGUGAACCAGGUUGGUGAUACGGCUGGUAAGGCUUUGGGUGGUCUGACUGGAGGACAGGGAGAGAAGGGUGGCGAGGAGGAGGAAGGUGGUGGGGAGCAGCUGCGUCUGAGACUGGAGCUGAACUUGGAUAUUGAGAUUCAAUUGAAGGCGAAGAUCCACGGUGAUCUUACUCUUGGUCUGCUUAACUAG